UGAAGUCGCGCUGUGACGCCAUCAAGACCCUAACGUUUAUUACUAACACUCCAGAGGGACUCGUUCAGUUGACCAGUCAGUCAAGACAGCGAAGCCAUUUCGACAGCUCUUUAAACGCAGCUUUGUGCCUUUACCCUGCGGAUAAUUACAUCGACAAGUCAUUAGUAUCAGUCGUCGAACUGAAAGCGAGGGUGUAACACAAUAUCCAAGGCAAUCGAGAUUUGGUCUGGUGGGAGAUCAUCACACUGUCAGUUGGUUUGAAGAGGGCUCAGAGUUAAGGUUGCGCGCAAGUUCGGUGCUCCACAACAAGUAGAGAUACACAAGCACAUCGAAAGCCUGCAGCCAUGGAAUCCGUGAUUCAUCUAGCUGCACUUUCCACGUUACUGAUUCUACAAAUUCUUUGUUUCCUUGGAGGAAUUAAGGAAGUGGGUGGUACAUGCAGUAGAACAUUUGAAUGCCCUACCGGUGAUUCUGGAAGUAUUCCAGUUUGUGGUAGUGACAGAAGGACCUACAGCAGUCGUUGUACUCUUCAGCUCGCAAAGUGUAAUGGCCACAGAGUCAGAAUGGCAUACAAGGGAAAUUGUAAAGGUACAAGACCACCAGUGCCACGGCGCUCGCACAACCUUGUAGCAUCCAUGACAACCAAGUGUCUGCAGGAGAGGCAGGAAGCUUUAUCAAAUGCAAGAGCAAAAGAUCUAAUUAUGCUCGGUGUCUUUGCUCCAAAAUGUGAAGCUGAUGGCAGCUUCAGUCGAGUGCAGUGCUUAAACUCAUCAGGUUACUGUUGGUGCGUAGACAAGGAGGGUAAAGAAAUGCCAGGAACCAAAGUUCGCCAAUGGACACCAGAUUGUCCAACAAUUGCAUAUAGUCAACCAUCAGAGAAACCAUCAGGGAAAGGUUGGAAGGCAAUAAAACCUUGCAUUGAUUGUAAAGGUUGUUCAAGAAAUGUGCGUACUACUUUUAAUGACAAGCUUGUGAAGUUCUUGUCCAAGGAAUUCAUGGAUUAUGUUCAAAGAUCUGCUUCCAGUUCUGGACAAGUUCAAGGUCAGUCAAGAAGCAUGGGUAAAGUUCAUCUUUUACUCUGGAAGUUUACACAUCUUGACACCAAUGCUGAUUACCUGCUGGAGAUGAAGGAGCUUCAUGCUUUGCUUAAGGUUACAAAAAAGACCAUUCACCCUAAAAAGUGCAGCCGCACUUUCAUGGCAUACUGCGACAGAGAUAGAGACCAUAAAAUUUCACUCAAUGAGUGGUACAUGUGCUUUGGAGUCAAAGAAAUAAAGAAGUGCAGUGGUGAAUAUCUCGCAGCAAUACAAGCAAGUAAGCAUUCAUCCAGUGAAAACCAACCAUACCUGCCGCGCUGUGCCACUGAUGGUUCAUUCACUCCAACUCAAUGUCACUACUCCAUUGGUUACUGUUGGUGUGUUGAUAUCGACACUGGCAAACCAAUACCAAACACAACAACUAAAGCUACAUCCUUGGACUGCUGGAAGUACAUGUCAAAGCAACAAAAUUCAACUGGCUUAGCAAAGAAAGAAUGUGCUCAAGAUUUGUGGACGUCAUUCAGAAGACACAUGCUGAGACUGUUCAGGAGAGAAGUGGAAGAAGACUCUCCAAAAAAUGAAGAUAAUCCAGUUGAAUCAAUAAGAAACCAACGCAGAAGUGCAAGAUCAGGUAACCUUCAACAUUUGGGGACCUUCCUAUCAGAUAAUCAAGUUUUAAUCUGGAAGUUCAACCGGUUGGACAAAAAUAAGGACAAACUGCUUGUGUCAAGUGAGUUUCUCACAUCCACCAUGAAGAAAAUUCUUGGAAACAUUAAACGAGGAAGAAAAUGUGGCAAAAAGCUGCUGGUUGACUGUGAUCUUGAUAAAGAUAGAGGUUUAUCAAUGAUGGAAUGGACUCUUUGCUUAAGAACAAAUGAUCGUCGAAUGCCACUGCAGUAAAUUGUGGAUGUAAUAAUGCGAGUGUGAUUCAUUUCACAAGAUCCAAGAGCAUGGCAGAACAAAAGAGCUGGCCCAAAUAUUAGUACUAUUAUAUGAACUGGUUUUGCUGCAACUUAGACGUAAAACAGGAUGGAAAUAUUCUUCUUGUAGUUUCGAGGCCUUCUGUACUUUUCACAUAUGGAAAGUCAACUGUUAAGAGGCAUCAAAUGAUUUUGUAAUACCUUAAUUCCCUGUAAAAUACCUUGAUGCCUCACAAAAAUACAAAAACACCAACAAACAAAUUUAAAGAGAAAUCGGAACAAGCAGUGCAAUAUUUGAUUGUACAAAAUGCUACAAAUGGGGGUUAGGAGGGAAAAAUCUCAAUUCUGUUUUAUGUGCAUGGAAUUUAAUCCCAAUAAUAUUAUUUUCUGAUAUUUUGGCCUUUGAGCUGUGUGUUUGAGCAGUGCAGGAAAUGACUGUCAUGACCAACGCUUAAACUCACCAACAGUACAACUUGGAGCACCACAGCAAGAGUUAACAUUCUAACAUCAUUUGACUCUUACAAGUGACUAGCAUGUAAUUUCUCCCAGCAAUAUUACCCCUUAAUCAAACAGUAAGGUCAUUUGAAUAAAGGAAAUGAUCACCAAUCAAAGAAGCUCUUGAUUGUUAAACAAAUUCUC